AGUGCCAUGUCAGCAGUGCCACGUCAGCAGUGCCACGUCAGCAACAUGACGGGCCUGCCAGACCAACUGGCCGAUGAGCCCAUUGCCGACUACAAAAAGCGUUUCCAGGCUCAGCUCGCUUUCAUCGAGGCUGAGGAACAACGCCAGCUGGCAGCUGCGGCUGCCCAACUACAGGCUGAAGAAGCGGCAACAACAGAGAAGUUGCGGCUACAGGCCGAAGCAGACACAGAUGCCCAGGCUCGCCGUAAGGAAGCCCAGGAUCUGCUGCAGCGGCAUGAGGCCAACAACAUCGACAGACUCAAGUUCUGGCACUUUGAACCGAACUGCGACGAGGCAACACCGGAAGAGCAGCAUAAGGAGGUCAUGGCCAAGCUCGUGACCAGGUUGGUUUACACUUGUAACCACCUACAAUCCGAGCUGGCGAACCUCCAGCGGGCCGUGCGGAACCAUAAGGCUCAGCACGAGGAUGCCACACGGGCACUGGACGCCCGUGUACAGGACUUGAAACAAGUUCCACCAAGACCAGAUGCUGGGGCUUCCAGCAGUGCAUCCUCUAGUCGCCAACUGGAGGAACUCGUUGACCACGUAGUGGCAAUGCUAGGAGACAUAAGUGCCUUCAAAGAGUCGGCCACCAUCAGCCAGCGGUUCGAGUUGCUGGACACCAAGAUCAGUCAGCAACAGCAGACCGACCACAGCCACAACAACAGCUCGGCGAGGCCAUACAAGAUGCCGACAUUCCGGAUCGAGAAAUUUGAUGACUACACACAUCAAGACCCGGUCGUCUGGUGGCAAGGAUUUACAACGGAGUUGGGGAUUCACGAGGUUUCAGACCUAUACAAGAAGGUCUCCUGGGAAGAUAUGACAAAGGAAUGGAAGAAGCGGUUCAUCGUUGACGACCCCCCGGCACUCGCCAUCAACCGCAUCUUCACGAUGGCUCAAGGGAGCACACCGACACGUGACUGGCUCACGGAUUGGCAGAAGAUCGUGGCAACGCCCGAUUUGGACUUGCCAUUUCCGCAUCUGCGCCGUGAGUUCUACAACAGGUCAUGCGUCGCUCUCAGCCUCGCACUUGUUGAUCGCGAGCAGUACAACACUUUCGCAGAGAUCAUCAACAAGGGGAGGGAGAUCAUCAAGAUUAACAGGGCAGCUGCACACGAGAAGUCAACGUGGCAGCCAACCAUUGUGGAGAAGGUAAGAACUGGUCCGCGACAGCAGCAGUUCGCUGCAGUCCAAUCGGACAGUGGAGAAGACCCAGCAGCCACUCUAGCAUCACAUGAGGGAGAUCAGGUGGCUGCUGUUCAGCCGCGAAGCAAUAAGGCCCGAGUGAACGGACAGCCAGCACCACCAUGGGUCAAGUUCGGCUUGACCGAGGCCGAGUACAAGUACCGCAACCGUUACGGCUGCUGUUACUGGUGCAACAGCACCAAGCACAAGACCUCCAUUUGCCAGGAUCAGGCCAAGGAGGAUGUGCGGCCUCAUUCGGCCGCCUUGCUAGCGGCCUCCUACACAUCUGGGGAGGAUGCGCAUGUUGCAAGUCCUCGGUACACUUACGAGGAUUAUGCUGUCCACUUGGUUCCACCGCUGGACCAACCGCUCCACGUGCAACAAUCUACCGCAUGCACGGUUUCAUCACCAUUGGCAACCGAUUCGGCAGCUUCGCCGUCAUCUACCGCCGGGGAUUCAACGACAUGGUCAAGUCUUGAAGAACUCGACCCGUUGACCUUGGAGGACUUCCAAUGGAUGCCCCUGCCCCGGUCCGGUCGCUUGCCGAAACCGCAUUGCAACGCGCUCAAGGCACAAUUGCGAGAUUACUUGCACACUGCAGUACCGACUCCGUUGAUGGACGCCGAAGUAGAGGUUGUCGACCUUCACGCCUACAUUGCGAAGAUCAACAGCGAGUUCAAGACGCAACGGUACGACGACAUCGAUGCACCAUUGCUAUAUGUAAACAUUCAGAUUGGAGAGGCGACCUGCAGCGCUUUGAUUGAUUGCGGAGCAUCUCGCAACUACAUGAGUCAGGACUUCAUGGUACGCGACGGCCUUGGCCCACGAGUCCGAAGGAAGUCCCAGCCCACGCAAGUCACAUUGGCGGACGGUCACACGCACAAGUCAAUCGACCGGUGCAUUGACGACGUCCCAAUGUACUUUGCCCCUCACGCAAGUGAGGCGGUGUCCUUUGACAUUCUGGACACCAAAUUCGACAUGAUCUUGGGCAUGUCAUGGCUGCGAAGCGAGGAUCACCCGGUGAACUUCUACCGCCGCACCGUUCACAUUCGUGAUCGGAGCGGAGUACUAGUCCCAUGCACGGUAGUUCCUCCUCACCCUUCAGUCAGCUGUCACGUGGUAUCCGUCGCAAGCAUGCGAGCCUCCAUCAUCAGAGACGACAUCGAGGAGAUGGGGGUGUGUUUUCUCCACGCCCUCCCGCCCCAAGACGCGUCAUCGACGGACUCAUCUUCGGAUCCACGCAUCACCGAACUUCUCGACACCUACAGCGACGUGUUCGAAGGCCCGCACGGAGUUGUACCGGAUCGACCCAUCCGCCACGAGAUCAUCCUCGAGGACGGGGCCGUACCUCCACGCGGUUGCAUCUACCGAAUGAGCGAGGAAGAGUUAAGUGUGCUUCGGGCACAACUCGACGACCUUCUGGAGAAAGGCUGGAUUCGGCCUAGCUCAUCGCCAUACGGUGCUCCUGUUCUCUUCGUCCGGACGAAGAACAACGAUUUGUGGUUGUGCAUCGAUUAUCGCAAGCUCAACGCACUGACGAUCAAAAACGUCGGCCCUCUCCCACGUAUCGACGAUCUUCUCGAGCGAUUGGGCGGCGCCAAGUUCUUCUCCAAGCUGGACCUCAAGUCGCGAUAUCACCAACUCGAGAUUCGGAAGGAGGAUCGCUACAAGACCGCGUUUAAGACACGAUAUGGGCAUUUCGAAUGGCUGGUCAUGCCAUUUGGCCUUACGAAUGCCCCAGCCACUUUCCAAGCGGCUAUGACAACGGACCAGAGUUUGGAGGAACAUGUGGAACACCUGCGCACCGUUUUGGAGCGGCUACGACAAGCCAAGUACAAAGCCAACAACGACAAGCUGGAGUACUUGGGACACUAUGUGACGCCGCAAGGCAUCCGUCCGCUUGCGGACAAGAUCGAGGCCUUACGAGUAUGGCCCGAGCCCACCAACACCACAGACGUUCGUUCAUUCAUGGGGUUGGCGGGCUACUAUCAGCGAUUCAUCACCGRAUACUCCAGGAUUGCUGCACCUAUGACGAGGUUACAGUCGCCAAAGGUGCCAUUCGUAUUUGAUGACGACGCACGCCGGUCAUUCCAAGCACUCAAGACGGCCAUGCUCGUGGCACCCGUCCUUAGCAUCUAUGACCCCACCCUGCCGACGCGAGUGACUACGGACGCUUCCGGCUAUGGCAUUGAGGCAGUCUUGGAACAGCACGACGGCGACGACUGGCACCCUGUGGAGUAUUUUAGCCACAAAGUGCCUCCCAUCAACUCGCUUGAUGAUGCAAGAAAGAAGGAGCUGCUCGCAUUCGUCAUGGCUCUCAAGCGAUGGCGACACUUCCUCCUUGGGCGUCGUAGGUUGACAUGGGUUACGGACAACAAUCCAUUGACCUACUACAAGACGCAGGAUACGGUGAGCAGCACGAUCGGACGAUGGAUGUACUUCAUCGACCAGUUURACUUCACACCGAAACAUCUUCCCGGCCUCUCAAAUCGCGCAGCAGAUGCACUGUCGCGAAGACCUGAUCUUUGCGCUAUGACACAUCAUGCCUUCGCAUUCGACGAGGAGCUUCAGCGACACUUCAUCCGGGCAUAUGAGUCUGAUCCGGACUUCACCACGCUGUAUGCACAAUUAUCUUCGGAUCACCCGCCGGCCAGCCACUGUCGCAUUGCCGACGGGUACUUGCUCCUCCACUCGAGAGGCAAGGACUUACUAUGUGUCCCACGUGACCGCCGUCUUCGGACUCGCCUCCUCGGCGAGUAUCAUGAUUCACGACUCGCCAGCCAUUUCGGAGUCAACCGCACUAUUGCACAGCUUCGACAACGAUUCCGAUGGCCCGAUCUCAUUACCGAUGUCACUCGGUAUUGCGACUCUUGCGAAGUUUGCCGACGCAGCAAGCCCCGCAACCGCAAUCCCUACGGCGAGUUACGCCCGAUGCCUAUCCCACGGGAACCCGGACUUUCCAUUGCCAUGGACGUCACCCGUCCAUUCCCUCGCGACCGGCUCGGGCACGACGACAUCCUCACGGUUGUGGACCGAUUGAGUAAGUACGCGCGGUUUCUUCCUUGCAAGUAUUACUCCACGGCUCCCGAGCUGGCACGCCUCCUGCACACCGGUUGGAUUUGUGGCCACGGUGUACCAGAAGACAUAGUCAGCGACUGCGACACUCGCUUCAUGUUGGCAUUUUGGACUGCUCUCAUGCAGGAGUCCGGCACGAAGAUGAAGCCAAGUUCAGCUCGGCAUCCACAAACAGACGGGCAGACGGAGCGGGCACAUCAAACCGCUCAAAUGAUGCUUCGUACGCUCAUCCGUCCGGACCAGAAAGAUUGGGUUGACCGCCUCCCCGACAUCGAGUUCGCCUACAACACUUCGGUGCAUCCGGCGAUCGGCGUGACUCCAUUCGAGUUGCACCACGGUGGACGGAAAGGCCGGAUCUUCGCCGACCUUCUCCUCCCUCGACCAGCCGACAUCGAUGCUGCCUACUCUCCCGCUUCCGUCCGGAAGUACAGGGAAUUGCUGACUCAAGCCCGCGCGAACAUGCAAAAGGCUCAAGUCCGCAUGCAGCAGCAAGCCAACAGGCGUCGCGUACCAUGUCCCAUCCGCGCCUGUGAUCUGGUUUGGGUCUCCGCGGAAGAGUUUGCACUGGAACAGGAUGUUUCACGCAAACUGCUUCCCAAGUGGUUUGGACCUUGGUCUGUGACAGCAGCCGUGGGCGAUGAGCCCGAUGGCCCUUCAUUUGUGAUCAACAUUCCCGAGCAUCUAACGGUCCAUCCAGUCUUUCACGCCUCGAAGCUGGCAACAUAUACACCAGCUAAGAGCGACGACUUCCCGGGCCGACGAUCGCAAGACCCUCCUUCUAUGGAUGGUCAUCAGGAGGUUGACCGCGUCAUCUCGGAUCGCAAGCACGGCAGCAAGCCGCGACAAUACAAAGUUACAUUGAGAGCAUGCGAUCCUGACGACACUUGGUGGAUUUUAGGAGCAGAUUUGAAAGCAUCCGCACCGCUAAUCUACGCUCACUACGAGCGUCAAAGGUUAGCCAAGGGACCCCCACGAGCUGCCCCUCCCACCCGGACUGUGGUCCCUCCCUCAGACAGACAGCUUCGCCCUCGCAGGUAAGCUCGGUCUUUCAAGGAGGGGGGGGUGUGGCAUACUGCGUAGCCACACGG